UUAGAAAAACAGCUCAAACACAAAAAGAAUUUCAGCAAAAACUAGCUUGCGGUUAUCAAGCGAUGGCGAAAAACAAAAAACUCAAAGAGGACGAUAAUAACCAAAACGAAAAUGAUGAAGAAGUAAUUGUUUCUCCGCUAACCACGGAAGAAGUUAUUGCCGGCGAGGUUCAAUUUUUUGAAAUUCCCGUUAUGGCUAAUAAAGAAACUGGUUUAGAUGAGUCUAGUCGGGUAUUACUUAAUCGGAUUCACACGGUGGAUAAAGAACUACGCUUGAUUGAAAGGUUAGGGAGAGUGGAUGAGAAAGUUUGA